AAUAUUUACAACCCUAAUUUAAAACAACAAAACUCAUCGGUUUCGCCAGCUCUGCUCCUGUAUCGGAAAAUACAAGUCGCACUGAACUCAGCUUUGCCGGAGUAAGCCAAAGCUGACCCAGAAACACCGCGGAGUUGGUCGUAAGACGUCAUAAACAGAAAGGAAAUAGCUUUUUCUGUUUCACUAUUGUUCUUCCCCGUGGCAAUGGAUUUUGAAUCAAAUUACGAUAUUGCCGCCACCGCCGAAUUCAUUCGUACUCACAAAUUCACCAGAGUUGCUUUACAGUUUCCAGAUGAUCUUCUAAAGGAUUCAACAAGAGUGGUCCGUGUUCUGCGAAAGAGGCUUCAAUCAUUGAGAGAAUCGGAUACUACAGGAAGCGGGGAUGAGAGAGACAUUGGAUUGUAUGUGAUGGCCGAUACAGCCUAUGGCAGUUGUUGUGUGGAUGAAGUUGGAGCUUCACACAUUAAUGCUGAUUGUGUCGUACAUUAUGGACAUACAUGUUUUAGCCCGACAACAAGUCUACCAGCUUUUUUUGUUUUUGGUAAGGCUUCCAUCGGCAUAGCUGAUUGUGUUGAAAGUGUAUCACAAUAUGCGCUGGAAAAUAGCAAGCCUAUCAUGGUUCUUUUUGGGCUGGAAUAUGCACAUUCAACACAGCAGAUUAGAAAAACACUGUUAGAAUCGUCAACAUCUUGCAGAUCUGACAUAAGCUUUGCCGAUGUUCCAUCUCCGUAUAUGUUUCCAUCAAAAGAUUCUAAAAAAUUAAAUGGGCCCCAAGAAGCAGUUUGUGGUUGCAGUAAUAAUUCCAAUUCUGAUGAGGCAAGUGGAACUAUAUAUAGUAUUGGAGGUUUGACUUGGAAAUUACCGGAGGGACAAAAGAUGGAAGACUACUUGCUCUUUUGGAUCGGACAUGAUAAUGCUGCUUUUGCAAAUGUUGUGCUAACAUUCAAUGCCUGUGAAAUAGUCAGGUAUGAUGCAACUAAAAAUCAAAUGGUGACAGAUUUGUCACAACAGAGAAGGAUUCUUAAACGCAGAUAUUACCUGGUGGAGAGGGCUAAGGAUGCUAAUAUUGUUGGAAUUCUGGUUGGAACUCUUGGAGUUGCUGGUUAUCUGCAUGUAAUUAAUCAGAUGAUGGAGCUAAUUACUGCGGCAGGCAAAAAGGCCUACACUUUGGUUAUGGGAAAACCAAACCCAGCUAAACUUGCGAACUUUCCUGAGUGUGAUGUUUUCCUGUAUGUCUCUUGUGCCCAAACCGCUUUACUGGAUAGCAAAGAGUAUCUAGCUCCAGUUAUUACUCCCUUUGAAGCAACAAUUGCUUUCAACAGGGGAAGCCAAUGGACAGGUGCCUAUGUAAUGGGAUUUGGAGAUCUAAUUAAUCUUCCUCAAGUACAGGUUGGAAACCAGGAAGAAGCACGGUUUUCAUUCUUAAAGGGUGGAUAUGUCCAAGAUUUUGAAAAUCAAGAAAAUGUUGAAGAGGAACAAGAAGAUCUUGCGUUAGCAAAUGCAACAGAGAAGGCACUGCAGUUGCGGGACAACUGUAAUAUCCUAAUCAAAGGGGACGCUAAAUCAGGAGCAGAAUUUUUUGCAAAUCGAACUUAUCAAGGUCUGAAUAUACCCGAUGAGAACACCACCCCGCAGCCAUUUGUCAUAGGAAGGAAAGGAAGGGCAGCUGGGUACGAGGAUGAGAAUAACAAACAUUGAAAUUUAUGAUAACUGGCUCAAUGAUGUAUUCUUUGUUUUGCAUUUGAUUGUAAUGGAUGAGAAUAUGUGAAGGGAAAGAAGAGCAUAAUGAUUGUUAUGUGAGGCUAGUGAGUUAGAAUCAACUCUCAUGUAUUUUUUUCUUAUUUAUUUCUCUAUGGAAUUAGAAAGAUUUUUGACAAAAUAAAACUUCCAAACUGAGUUAUGUAUACACAGUUGUAAACAUAAACAUCACAAUGCAAUCGCUCAAUUAAUAAUAGUCAUCAUUUAACAUUUUA